AUGGCGCCCCUACUGAUAGGAUCAGUCUCAUACUUUGGAACCGCAGUGGUUCUUUUGCUCGCUUACACAGCGCGCAUCGCUAUCCAUCGCGUGUUUCUCUCCCCGCUAGCGAAGUUUCCGGGUCCCAAAUUAGCAGCUCUCUCGACGUGGUACGAGUUCUACCAUGAUGUCGUCCAACCCGGCAAGUUUACGACUCAUAUUCAAGACCUUCAUCGGAGAUAUGAACUGCAUAUAGAUGAUCCGUCGUAUUUCGACUCUCUCUAUACUCGCGCCGGUCGUCGUGACAAGUAUGACUUUAUGGCUGGCCGAUUCGGGUUCUCAACCGACAGCUUCUCGACAUCUCCACACGAGUUGCAUAGAAUUCGCCGCAAAGCGCUAAGCCCGUUCUUCGCGGCAAGCAAAAUCGUCGAAUUCGAAUCCGUCAUCAAGACGAAAGUCGAUGAUCUCUGCCGCAAACUUGCCGCGUCUGCCGAUGGUGAGGUUGUCAAGCUUGACCGUGCUUUCGUUGCCUUGACUACAGACACCAUCACUCAGUACGCUUUUGGCGAGUCGUAUGACCAUCUCGACUCGCCCGGCUUCGAGAAGACGCUCUACGAGGCUUUCCGUACAAUUCACAGCGUGGGCGCUCUUGGGCAACAAUUUCCCUCUGUUUUCAAAAUAUUGAAUGCGCUCCCGCUCUGGUUCGUGAAGGCAACACAGCCGGAAAUCAUGCCCAUAGUCACCUUGAGACAAAGUAUGAGAGCUCGAAUCGCCGAGAUCCGUGCCGGAGGCAAUGGCACAGAAACAAAGACAGACCAUGCCAACAUCUUUAACGAAGUCAUCCACAGUGACCUACCAGACUCAGAAAAGACGGACACUCGGCUUGGAGACGAGGCGCAGCUUAUGGUCGCAGCAGGCCUUAUAACGACUUCUUGGGCUCUCGCGGUAGCCGCAUUCCACUUUGCGAGUAAGCCAGACAUCCCGGCACGGUUGCGGAAAGAGCUUGCCGCCGCUGGAUGGCCCAGUGGAUGGCAGAAACUCGAGAAGUUGCCCUUCUUGAAUGCCUGUGUACUAGAAUCAGUCCGACUCUCCCACGGCGUUGUGACACGAGAUCCUCGACGCGCGCCUGAUACGGAGUUGAAAUAUGGUAAUUGGACCAUUCCAAGAAACACACCGGUCUCAAUGACUACUGUUGACGUCUUGAUGAACACUGCAUUGUUUCCCGAACCGACGUCAUUCAUCCCUGAACGCUGGAUUGAGAAGCCGGAGCUCCAGCGAUACUUUGUGGCAUUUGGUAAAGGGUCACGGCAAUGUUUGGGCAUCAACUUGGCGCUGGCGGAACUUCACAUUACGAUCGCCCAAGUCUUUGCGCGGUUUGACUUUGAGCUGUUCGAGACAGAGGAAUCAGACGUGCGAAUGGCCCACGCAUGGCUCGCCCCUUAUCCGAAACUGGACUCGAAGGGUGUCAGGGUGAGACUACGGGAGUAUGUAAUCUAG